AUGGUUCAGGAUGCACGGUACAAAGCUGAAGUCAAACGUCUCGAGAUGUUUAUCCACGAGACAUCCGGCAAAGGCAUGGAAGCUGUGGUACUAGCUAGAGCAGGAAGCUUGAUCAGAAACAGGCCAGGUGAUACUGCAAAGGAGAGAACAUCUACAGAGGCAAGCCCCAACAAUGAUUCCAUUGCCACUGGUGUUACUCCCCAGAAAGUCAAUACAGAAGCAGCACCUAACUCGGCUUUGCCAACACGACAGAACACAGUGUUAUCGCGUACACGAACCUUUGACACUAGCAAUGAGGUCAGGUUGAGCAACGCCUUUCGAAAACUGGAGAAAACGAAAAACGCCAGCAGCGGCGGCGCUCGCCGAACUGAGGCUCAACAUACUAUCGGCCACGGAAAGGCACACCUUGAACACCACCGAGAAAGUCAGCGUUCUCAGAGUGAUUCUGUGCCUCACAUUGGUCAGACUCCCUAUGACGCAGUCGAUGAACCGCCACACGAAGGCAGUCCCGAGAGGAAGCGCAAUUCGACCGAGAAGGCAGCGGUAUUGCAAGAGGCUGGUGCUGUCGGCCAACCACUCUGCACUGCGACAGAAAGCGCACAUGAGCAUGAGAAAGUGAAGCAGGAUAGAGUUUCAGAGAGCAAGCCCAGUCAAAGCACUCCUCGUCGCGGAUGCACUCCGCAUCGUCGCCAGUUCUCGUUUGUGCCUGGAGACGAUACAACCGGCGAUGCCAAGGCGCCCGGAAACCAGCCGGUAGCUCAAAACGAGAACAGUCAGGAACAGUCAACUGGUCGGCAAACGGUUCAACUCCGUCAAGAAGCCAGGAGGUCGAGAUCAUUAGAGUGGAUAUAG